UGGGUCUGCCGGGUCUAGCAGCCUUCCAGGUGGUGACGCCACCACGGCCCGGCUCCGCCCUGCCAUCCUCCGGGUUGACCGCGCGCUAGCCAAUCUCGGGUCGGGGGCGGAGCCCCGAGGCUCCGCCUCGCACCCAGUUUUCCGGGCCCUGUGACCCCCGGCUGUGCUUGACCCCCGAGACCUCCCAGCCCAGCGCCAUGGACCCGGCGGCGGCCGAGCAAGUGAGCGAGGUGGUGGCAGCGAAGAUGCUCCAGUACCGGCGAGACGAGUCCGGCUGGAAGAGUUGCCGAGGAGGCCCUGGAGUUGCAGUUUCCUGGAGGCCAUCCGCGGAGUUUGCGGGCAGCCUGUACCGGGGUGAGGGGGUUCUGUGCGGUACCCCAGAGGAGGUGUGGGACUGCAUAAAGCCAGCAGCCGGGGGCUUGCGAGAGAAGUGGGAUGAGAACGUGACCAGUUUUGAAAUUAUUGAAAGCAUCACCGACACUCUGUGCGUGAGCAGGACCUCCACGCCCUCAGCCGCCAUGAAGCUCAUUUCUCCCAGGGACUUUGUGGACUUGGUGCUGAUCAAGAAAUACGAAGAUGGCACCCUCAGCUCCAAUGCUACCCAUGUGGAGCAUGCACUGUGUCCCCCGAAGCCAGGAUUCGUGAGAGGAUUUAACUAUCCGUGUGGGUGCUUCUGCGAACCUCUGCCAGGGGAGCCCGGCAAGACCAGGCUGAUCUCAUUCUUCCAGACUGACCUCAGUGGCUACUUGCCACAGAGUGUGGUGGACUCCUUCUUCCCGCGCAGCAUGGCCUGCUUUUACACCAACCUUCAGAAAGCAGUGAAGCAGUUCCACAGCUGAGCUUUCACUUGAGAGCUGGUGGAGAUCGGGCCUGACGCAGGAGGAGCCCUAGGUGCAGUGAGAGCCAGAAGGCUGGCUUCUGCUCUCUGAGACACCUGGUGGCCAGCCAGCGAGUCUGAGCGCCAGCCAUAGGCAGCAGGUGCUACCCCUUCCUCUCAGGACUGGCAGGGGAAUGCUGUUUGCUGCUGCGGCUCUGCCUGGGAUCCAAGCAGACUGCUGGGUGAACCCAGACUUCUGGCCACCCGACAGGGCCUCAUCUCAGUGCUGGAUGAUGCCAUGCGGUUCAAAGCCCUAGUGCAGCCACUCCCAAGAGGCCACGUGCUGUGAGCUGUGACUGGUACUGAAUACUGUGUCCUGCACCGUGACCGGCAUCUGUAGCUCCCCAACCCUGUGUUACCAACUUGGACUCGUGUAGGCUAACACUGUACAAGAUUCCCCACUUAAUGUCAACCUGGGAAAUGUUGAUGUAAACAAUGAGAUAAGCCUUGAGGAAAGCA